UUCAAAUAGUUUAAGCACACAUUCUAGAAACGCAGCACUCCGACCCAUUUCCAUAUUAGUCCUGUCGCCACCUCGAUCUCAACUGCCACAUUCCACAUCUGUCUCCUUACAACUCACAGCUUCCUGAUUUCGGUUAUCAAAUCAUUGCCACCCGAAUACAUUUUACGCAUAAAACAUGGUGUCUGUAAUUUUGACUUUUCUGACGCUGUCGUUGUUUGUGUUUGAGUGUCAGUCGAGUGAACGGAACUCCAGUCUGGGCCAGUGCGAUGGGAGGAAAAUUGAGAUCAGUCAUCUGAGGAAGCGGAGGCAUUUGACGUUUCCAGAUAAGAGCAAUUUUGUGAUCACGCUCUCCCUCGUGAAGGCGUUCAUGACGCACGCGCCUGCAGGAUGGAACACCGUGUUCGAGGUGGAUGUGAUGUUCCCGCUGCCCGACCACACCUUCCAGAGCUCUCUGCGGAAUAAGAUCAAGCAUCGCCAGAGACGGGACGUUUGGGAGAGGAUACGGGAGGCGAUUGAAUUACACAACAUGAACGGCAGAGAGUGUAUACUGAGGAUAAUCUGUGAAGCCAGGGAGCACCUGGCGCCGCCAGGGCGGUCGCUCGCCCAUGACAUACUCAGGGCCAUCUUCACAGCACCGAUCCACGAGAGCGACUUUCAAGACGAGCUGGCGGAUUACUACGAAGAGUUCAAAGAUCCUCACUGCUGCGACAGAGUUCACGAUUGUCCUAUUUCACUGCUGCACUAUAUUCUGAAAUUAAAUCAAGAAAAAAUAUAUUAAUUUAAUCUUACGCAACUCAACUGAUGCUUAUAAAUUAUAAUGUAUAAAAAUAUAUUUUUCGGAAGAAACAUA